CGCCGCCGCCCCACGCUGGCGCAGAGGCCCGGGCCCGGGCCCGCCUCGCCGCUGAGGAUGUCCCGGAAGGCGCCGCGGGCAGAGGUGUGCGCCGACUGCAGCGCCCCAGACCCUGGCUGGGCGUCGAUCAACCGCGGGGUGCUCAUCUGCGACGAGUGCUGCAGCGUGCACCGCAGCCUGGGCCGCCACAUCUCCAUCGUCAAGCACCUGCGCCACAGCCCCUGGCCCACCACCCUGCUCCAGAUGGUGCAUACCUUGGCAAGCAAUGGGGCCAACUCCAUCUGGGAGCACUCGCUGCUGGAUCCAGCGCAGGUGCAGAGCGGGCGCCGGAAGGCAAACCCCCAGGACAAAGUGCACCCCACCAAGUCAGAGUUCAUCCGUGCCAAGUACCAGAUGCUGGCCUUCGUCCACAAGCUGCCCUGCAGGGAUGAUGACGGCGUCACUGCCAAGGACCUCAGCAAGCAAUUGCACUCGAGUGUGCGGACAGGAAACCUGGAGACCUGCCUGCGCCUGCUCUCGCUGGGUGCCCAGGCCAACUUCUUCCACCCGGAGAAGGGCACCACACCGUUGCACGUGGCCGCCAAGGCCGGGCAGAUCCUGCAGGCAGAGCUGCUGGUGGUCUACGGUGCCGAUCCUGGGGCGCCCGAUGUGAACGGCCGGACCCCCAUUGACUAUGCCAGGCAGGCAGCCCAGCACGAGCUGGCAGAGCGGCUGGUGGAGUGCCAGUACGAGCUGACUGACCGCCUGGCCUUCUACCUCUGUGGCAGAAAGCCGGACCACAAGAAUGGGCACUACAUCAUCCCACAGAUGGCUGACAGGGUGCGCCCAAAGUGCAUGGCACAGAGCCUGGACCUCUCUGAACUGGCCAAAGCAGCCAAGAAGAAGCUGCAGGCGCUCAGCAACCGCCUGUUCGAGGAGCUGGCCAUGGACGUGUACGACGAGGUGGACCGUCGGGAGAACGACGCGGUCUGGCUGACGACGCAGAACCACAGCACGCUGGUGACAGAGCGCAGCGCCGUCCCCUUCCUCCCUGUCAACCCCGAGUACUCAGCGACACGCAACCAGGGCCGGCAAAAACUGGCCAGGUUCAACGCCAGGGAGUUUGCCACCUUGCUCAUCGACAUCCUUGGGGAAGCCAAGCGCCGACAGCAAGGGAAGAGUCUGCUUAGCCCCACGGAUGCCCUCGACUACUCACUGCGGAGCCAGAGUGACCUGGAUGACCAGCACGACUACGACAGUGUCGCCUCUGAUGAGGACACGGACCAGGAGCUGCUGCGCAAUGCCUCCCGCAACAACCGUGCCAGGAGCAUGGACUCCUCCGACCUGUCAGAUGGCCCCAUCACGCUGCAAGAGUACCUGGAGGUGAAGAAGGCUCUGGCUGCCUCUGAGGCCAAGGUGCAGCAACUGAUGAAGGUGAACAACAGCCUGAGCGAUGAGCUGCGCCGGCUGCAGCGUGAGAUCCACAAGCUGCAGGCAGAGAACGCGCAGAUCCGUCAGCAGACUGGUCCCACACAUCCAACCCCGGCCCCCAGUGAGCGGCAGGAGCACGGGCACCCCCCGGGCAUGGCCCCCCCACACCGCCGGGACCGCCAGGCCUUCUCCAUGUACGAACCAGGCUCGGCGCUGAAACCCUUCGGGCAGCCAGUGGAGGAGCUGGUGACACGGCUCCAGCCCUUCAGCCCUGGCGAGGUGGAGGACGAGGCUCUGUACUCCAUGCACAUCCCGGCCAGCGUGUACCGGAUCCGGAAAGGUCCAUCUGCCUCCUCGGUGCCCUUCCCUCCAUCCUCCCCACUGCUCUCCUGCCCACCUGAUGGUGCCCGACACAUGGGCAAGCUGGACCGGCACGGCAGCGGCACUGACAGCGACUACGACAACACACAGGCCAGUGAGGUUCUGAUCAGCAUGGAGGGGAAGCGGUUUGUGGAACUGAGCAAGGAUGAGGAUUUCCCCCAUGAGCUGGACCCGCUGGACGGGGAGCUGGACCCUGGCCUGCCCAGCACGGAGGAUGUCAUCCUCAAAACUGAGCAGGUCACCAAGAACAUCCAGGAGCUGCUGCGGGCAGCACAAGAGUCCAAGCAUGACAGCUUCGUGCCCUGCUCAGAGAAGAUCCACUCGGCUGUGACAGAGAUGGCAUCACUUUUCCCUAAGAAACCAGCACUGGAGACUGUGCGGAGCUCCCUGCGGCUGCUCAACGCCAGCGCCUACCGGCUGCAGAGCGAGUGCCGCAAGACCGUGCCCCCCGAGCCCGGUGCCACCGUGGACUACCAGCUCCUGACCCAGCAGGUCAUCCAGUGUGCCUACGACAUCGCCAAGGCCGCCAAGCAACUGGUCACCAUCACCACUCGUGAGAAGAAGCAGUGAGCGCCAGCCCAUGUCCCCCCAGGCCUCCGCACUCUCCGUGUCUCCCUUCCCUCCGGCAGCAGCCGGCACCUGGGGCGAGCGUGGCUGCAAGUGGCCUUUUUGGGGAGCCAGGGUGUGGGGUUCCUCGUGCCCCCCGCGCCAUCAAGGAGCUGAUGCUCAGCCUGCGGGGUAGGUGCCUGCGUCCCCCUGUACAGCCCCCUGCCCACCCCGCAGCACGCGCCUAACUUAUCCUGUACAUAGCCUCUGUAGCUGUCCGUGGCGGCGGUGGCCUUGUACCCCCACCCCCCACAAAGCCCCUCUCUGGGUGGCCGGUACCCCCGAGGUCACCCACGGCAUUACACUGGACUGGGGCGCCCGCGGGUCCCCCCCUCUCCCCGGGCGUCCUGCACCCCUCCCCGGGUGUCCUGCCCCAUGCCGGGGCCGCACUCCCCACUGUAAGAUGUGUCCUUGUACAUUUGUAUCAAUAAAGGUGUGAGCAUUGCACGGG